GUACAUUCAAGCCCCUAUAACGCACUCGGAAAGAGCUUUUAUUACUUAGCUCCGAAUUCCUACAACCCAAUCCCCAAAAGAUGAUCUACAAACUGCUCUUCGUGGCCUUCGUCGGCGUUGCCUGCGCGACUCCCGUCGACAAGAGAGAAGGCGCCGUAGCGGAAGCACGGGACACCUCCUCCUCGUACGCCGCCGCCCCUGCACCGGCAGCUCAGACCUACGACUCGGGAUCCCAGGGAAAUCUCUACUACUACUACUACCCCGUCGAGGAGUACGGCAGCACGGACACAGCAGAGGCGCCCUUCGACAUCUUCACCGCCAUCAUCCUUCCCCUACUGAUCCUGGGCGGUCUUCUGCUGCUCCUGUCCUCCCUCACUUUCACCCUCACCGGCAACGGCAGGAGCCUCUCCGAUGAGCCCGACCUCAUGGAUCAGCUGCACACCGAGAUCGAGAGGGUUUUCUACAUCUACCUCAACGCCUUCGAGAGCGAACAGUGCCUCCAGAGGACCAUCUGCGAGAUGGGCGCUUACUCCAAGAGCUUUAAGGGCAAGGACUUCGUCCUCAGCAUGAUCGAGCCCCUGGUUCCUGAAGGCAUGAAGGGAAAUCUUGCAAUCUUCAAGAAGGCUGCCACAUCCGGCUAUGAGACAGGCAAGUGCAAGAAAUUCAGAUGCGUCGCCCCAAAGCUCCUCUAAAUGAAGACGGCAGCGUCAAAGAAAACGGGAUGGACCUGGAUGCUAUUCAUAGAAAACGGAUAUCUCUCAAGGAAUAAUGUCUCCAUAAUUAACAAUAAAGUAAAUGGGAACACGUAGGUCGACACAUUUAUGGGUCGCAGUCGUGACUGUAAAUGGGUUGGUGCUCUACAGAUUUGCAAUAAUUGUUCCUAAGGUUGAAUGUAAUAUAAUUCCAAUGUUAUGGAAUGUUUAACUGCCACUAGCUGCUGGCCAGCAGUGGAAUACAUUUGAUUAUCUUUAGAGGACAUGUAGAAUCAACUUAACUUAUUCUUUUUAAAUACUGCAGUGAAUAUUUAUUUAUUUGUUGGUCUGUAUGUCCGAGUGGCCAACUCAGAGUUGUGUUUUUAUUCUCUAAUUGCGUCUUUUUCUCAGGGGUAUUUUACCGUUAUUUUUGUUGUUCUCACUGAAAUUUGAGGCUCAAUAUUAGGAACUAUACAUUCAUGUAUUUCAAAAUGCACAUCUCAAUCAAUUUUUUGGCAUGAGUUUUGAAUUUUUAAGUGCACUGAGUGAUUCGAAAUAUCCUUCCCGUUGCUAUUUCACUCAAAUAUUUAUCUGACCCGGCGAAAGGCCUAUUAAAAGAACUUAAUUCAACCCCAAAUCACCUUUCUACCGUGCCAUGAUUUUUUUUCUUCAUACUGUAAAAAUUGAAAAAACCGAACCCUCUUUCCUUUCUCUUCCUGAAGAAUUUCCUCCAGGGGGAGAGAGAAGCAAAUUUGCACAAAUCUAUUUAUACAAUGACAAAAUUAAUUUACAUUUCUCCUGCACCACCUUUGUCCAGUUUCUUGUCUAUGGCAGGUUUAUGAACCUUUCAAAAAUUGUGUUUUUUUUAAGCUUUCAAGUUAUCUUUGUGAGAAAAAACUGUUGAACAAAGUCUGUCUAUGCAUGUGAGAAAGGGAGACUGAUUCUCAAAAGAAAACAUCAGUGAGCAACUUUGUAAGAAGACGAAUAAUGCUGUUGAUCUUAUCAACCUUUCUCCAUAUAAGGAGGCAACGAGCCCUGCCAGAUGUAUAUAAUUGCAUGUCCUGUCUUCAGUGUUUACUGAUGGUUAGAAAUAUCUUGUUAAUUAUUGUUACCACAUUACACUAUUUAAUUUGCACAUUUGUUAAGAGAUAUGUCUUUUUUCUUUAAAGAGGGGAAAAUACAAUUGUGUGUCUAAAUGGUAAUUUUUAGACAGUUAUUUGGUUCAUUAAGAAACUCCAAACUCUCAGAAUGUGUUCUGUAUUCUUAUACACGUGAGCUUUGUAAAUACAAUGGCUUUCACAAAUAA